CCGAUAUUGUUAUUGUAGUUGUUCUGAAUGAAUUGGACAUCCUAUCGUUGGUUAUAUACCUGUCAUUGUUAAAAUUGGCUGUAAAAACUUUAAAUGAUUUCUUUUUUCCGUUUUUGUUGCAAGUUGCGCGAGAUGGAUUUGUGUGAAGAGAUAAAAUUAUGUACUAGCACAGGGCACGGGUACCAAAGGCUGAUAAAGAAUCAUAUCAGAACAACAUGACAACUAGUGAACAACUGAGUCUGGUAUCAGAAUCAGAAGAUUCAGUUGAUUCAAACCCGAUACAAAAGCCGGAUCAGCAAGAUCCUGAAGUCAUACUAAAUAAAAUUUCUCCAUUUUUUAAAGUUGAAAAAACGAAAUAUGGAGGUAGAGGAUGUUAUGCAUAUACAACGAUUCCAAAGGAUACCUUAAUACUAGCUUGCAAUCAAUCCAUAAGUUCGACUAUUGUUCGGCCCUUCAAAAAGGAGUGUUGUCAUUAUUGUUAUGAUUAUUUUGAUGGAAAGAUUUUAAAAUUCAAGAUUUCAAAAAAAUUUGGAAAGGAUUUAUGUUCAAUAUUCUUUUGUUCAGAAAUAUGUCAGCAAAAAUUUAUAGAGGAAGAUACAAAUGAAGUAUAUCAAGAGAGUUUAUUAUUAAUUGAAAAGCAUGCGUUGACAGGAUCGAAUAAACCAGAAGUAGAGAAGAGAGAACCUUUAAAAGAUGAAGAUCUCAGCUUAUUAAUAUCCCAAGAAUGGGAGGACGUGUUAAAAUGGGAGAAAAGUUUGCAAUCAAUGAAACCUUCAAAAAGAGCUAACAUGAUACCGAGAAUCGAUGAUAGUGAGUACUUGGAAAUUAAGUACGUAGUGGGAGUCUUAUUUCAAAUGUAUAAGGUACAAACUGAAAAUAUUCAAUCUACCAAUACUUUCCUACAUGAAGUGAACUCUUCUAAUGAAUUAAAGCAACGUGAAAUAGAAUUAUUUGAUAUAUUACAAUCAAGUGAACUUGAAAAAGUUCUUAAAUUCCCUUAUCUUAUAUAUUCAUAUAUCAAUAUUUAUAAAUUCAUCAAAGCAACCUCAUUACCUGAAUUACAACCAUUUAUAAAUCCUCAGGCAGUAAGAGAAAUCAUUGGACGGAAUUUAACUAAUGCAUUUGGAAUAUGGUCCGAGACAUCAUCAACGACUGAAGAUCGUGAGUUCUUUGGUUUUGGAGUUUAUCCCUCUGCUUCAUACUUCAAUCAUUCAUGUGAUCCAAACUUGAUCAAAAAGAGAAUAAAGAAUACGUUGGAAUUUGUUACUAAGCGAGACAUCCUCCCUGGAGAAGAAAUCUGUAUUGAUUAUGGAAGGUUUCUAGAUGAAGAUGUCGAAGCUAGAAGAAAAGAAUUAAAGGAGUGGUUCUUUGAUUGUGGGUGUGAAAAAUGUAAUAUAGACUUGGAAAACCUUAAAAUUUAAUAUUAUUCUGUAUAUAUAAAAUUAUGUAUUAAUAGACU